AUGGCGAGUGAAUUCAACACCGAAGCCUUUACCUUACUCGGCGUCGGCGUCGGAGUCGUGGCCGCACGGAUGGUUUCUCGAGUGUAUAUGGUCGGUGUCAAAGGACUCUGGUUUGAUGAUUAUCUGAUGCUGUUUGCCACCGUCGUCUACGGCCUUGAAACAGGAACUGCAUAUGUCGUCGGUGCCUGGUGGUUCGGCCUAGCCAACAAUGGCAUGACGGAUGAACAACGUCGCACAUUAGACCCCAACUCGCAAGAGUACAGGUUCAGAGUCAACGGCUCCAAGACCCAACUGGUGGGCUGGAGUCUCUACACCCUGUUGCUGUGGACAUUGAAGUUGUGCAUGAUUUUGUUCUACGACAGGUUCACACAAAGCCUGGACUACAUGAAGCAUCGCAUUCGCAUUGGCUAUGCCAUCGUCGUCACGACCUAUCUAGUAACCGAACUCUCAAUAUUGCUCGGCUGCCAUCCGUUUCAUAAAAACUGGCAGAUAUUCCCAGAUCCUGGAAAUCACUGUCAGCCGGCGAUCUCCAGGAUCGAUCUCUACGUCACCGUCAUUCUGAACGUCUUCUCCGACUUAUACUUGCUUUCCAUUCCGAUUCCGAUACUGUGGAAAGCGGAUGUGCCACUCGUGAAGAAGCUAUCACUGAUCGGCAUUUUUGGCGGCGCAGUCUUCGUUAUGGCUGCUGGUAUCUUGCGUGCUGCCCUUGUUAUUAAGGAUCCCGUCGGAGGAGCCCAGCAGGCCGGCAGCUGGGCUGUACGCGAGACAUUUGUCGCCGUCGUGGUGUCGAACUUGCCCAUGGUGUACCAAGGUCUUCGAGCUCUCACCAAGGCCGCCGCUACGAGCAGUGUCUUUUCCAGAAUGUCCCGUUCUCGCCUGGGCUACAGCAGGUCGACCGACGAGCCAGACUUCGAAAUGAUGAACUCGCGAGGGAAGUCUCCGCCACAGCUCGAUGAGAUCCGAACACAACACGAAUUUUUCAAAUUGCCGUAA